AUGUCGGAACAUCAUGGGAAAGGGAAAGGGUACCGUGGAGGUAAAGGAAAGGGCAGUCGAGGAGGCGAUCACCAUCGUAGUUCUAUAAGGCCUUCCGUGAUUGACCUGGAACGCUUGAUGCAUCAACGUGUCACUGUUAAGCUUACAGGAGGACGCGAAGUGAGCGGAGUUUUGAAAGGCUUCGAUCCAGUCCCGAAUCUAGUCCUCGAUGAGAGCAUUGAAUACCUUAGAGAUCCAGAAGACCCCUACAAGCUGUCAGGAAAGACUCGAAAUUUGGGUCUACUUGUUGCCCGCGGCACGUCUGUAGUGUUGGUGUGUCCAAGCACUGGUAUUACUGAGAUCGACAACCCCUUUACGGAGGCUCUGGACAAGCUCUCAAUUAAGGCCUAA